AUGCUUCACGAAUCUUGCGACAUAGAAAGGGGCAAACGGCUCUUUGCACAACGCUGUGCUCAUUGUCACACUGUCGAAAAAGGCCGACCCCAUAAGCUUGGGCCUAAUCUCCACGGGAUUUUUGGCAAAAUUUGUGGUCGAGAGAACGGCUUCCCUUUUACUUCGGCAAAUAGAGAUAAAGGUAUUAUUUGGAAUGAAGAAACUCUUUUUGAGUACCUUCAGGACCCUAAAAAAUAUAUGCCAGGAACAAGUAUGAUAUUUUCAGGACUUAAGAAAGUGGAUCAAAGAAAGGAUCUUAUCGCCUAUCUAAAGGUCGCUACCGAAUAG